UCUUCUGUGCUAGGGAUUUAUUCCAGCAGCCUGCUCCUUCCCUGCAGAAAGACCCUUACGACUCUCUCGCUCAUCCACACACAUAACGCAGAGGGGGGAUACACAGAGCCCAAAAGACAAAACCCCUCUCUCCCAUCAUCCAUGCCUUCUCCCCUCCCCCACCGACACCGCUCAACAUGACCCUCAUCCUCUCCAAAUGGGCCAAACACCCUAAACCCUACUCCGCCAUCCUCCUGCCAAUAUGGCAAAACUUUCUAUCCUAAACUUUAUCCCAUAUCCUUAAAACCUAUCCCCCCCCCACCCCCAACUCCCUCCCCAGUAGACCCAACAAAGAAGCCGGGACUCUUCCCCUGCUGCCUCCAGCAUCCCCCUCCCCUCCAUCCCCACAACCACUGCUUGCAUUUUAACCAAAAUCCCAGGAUUUCAGGGUGAACAAAGAGGACCCCCCUCUCUCUCUCUCCCUAACCAUGUUUUUACGAGAGUUCCUCUCCGCUUUGUACAUAAGGAUGCUGAUCACCCUCUGGAAUUUUUGGAUUAUUUCAGCCUUGAGCCUGGACCCCAUCUACUGGAACAGCUCCAACAAAAGGUUUCAGGAUGCUGAGGGAUACAUCCUAUACCCACAGAUUGGGGACCGCUUGGACUUGUUGUGCCCCCGCUCUGAGCCUCGAGGGCCCUUUUCCUCCUCCCCCUAUGAAUAUUAUAAGCUUUACUUGGUGAGCACUGAAGAAGAGGUAGUAACGUGUUCUGUCCUGCGGACGCCCAACCUCCUCCUCACCUGCGAUCGCCCCGGGCAAGACCUUCGCUUUACCAUCAAAUUCCAGGAGUACAGCCCCAACCUGUGGGGUCACGAGUUCAAAUCCCACCGGGACUACUACAUCAUCGCCACCUCAGAUGGCACCCUGGAGGGGUUGGAGAAUCUCAGCGGUGGCGUGUGUCAGACCAAAGGCAUGAAGGUCACUUUAAAGGUUGGACAGAGUCCUGAUGGAGCAAACCAUCCUCGUAGGCCUUCAGGGAGAGAUAAAGAUUCCGGAUUCCCUCCGUCAGUACCAAAUCCGGACUCCCCAAACUUCGCAGGAGACACAUCCGGCAAUGCAACCAAGACUGGAGAGAACGGUCCACUUCCCAACUCUCACGUGCCUCUUGUUGCGGGCGCAGCUGGUGGAGCUUUCCUUCUGCUCCUUGUCUUUGGAGUGGUGGGGUGGGCAUGCCACAAGCGUCGCCAAGCCAAGCACAGCGACACCAGACAUCCUCCCCUGUCGUUGGGUUCCAUAACCUCCCCGAAGAGAGGGGGUAACAACAAUGGGCACGAGCCCAGUGACAUCAUCAUGCCCCUGAGGCCUUCAGAAGGGGGUGCGUUCUGCCCUCACUAUGAAAAGGUCAGCGGAGACUAUGGACACCCUGUCUAUAUAGUACAGGACAUGGCGAGCCAGAGUCCGGCCAAUAUCUAUUACAAAGUAUGAAAAAGCCUUGGGCUAUUUACCCCUAUAGUUUUUUUUUCUUUUCCGUUCAGUAUGGAGGGUGGGGGCUUAUUGUAGGAUAUUUAAAAAAAGAUGGGGUGCAGGACAUAUCGAAAGGGAAGUCUCUAUUGCCAAGCCCCGCUGUGUGUGCCCCUGCCGUCCAGAUGCCGUGCCCGUCCUCCCGAUGACGCCAAGUCACGUCCAGUUGAACCCCGAAUUUUAUUCAGGUGGUGUAUUGUGAAUAGAUAUGAACCCUUUGCUAGAAAGGAUAUAAAGGGUUCUCGCCUGACCAGCGAAAAGCCUCACUUCACCAAAGGCCGCAAAUGGUCGAUCGAACGUCCACUGGACAGUGAAAUCUCCUGACCCGCUCGGGGGGGGGGCAGGGAACCAAGAGUGCCAGAAUAGCCAUUCUGAAGAUAUAUAUAUAUCGAAUUGUACUUCUUUGCCUCGGAGGCACCUUGCAUAACAGAGAUGUGGACAACCAGCGUUAGCUGCCACCGAACAAAAUGGCAGCCGAUCUCUGUUUCUGUUUUCUUUUUUUUGUAAUUUCCAACCCAAAGCCUUAAAGAAUCGCCUUUUACCAUACCCUCCCUCUCCCCCUCCUACCGAUGUGUGCUCAAAAGUUUAAUUCGCCUUCUUUGAAAAUACGACUUCGACCGAAGAUUUAUGCCCUACGCAACGGCCAGCGUCUAAUUUAUUUUUUUCCCCCCAUCAUUUUGUAUUCUCUCCCUGGUGCCUUUUUUUUUUAAAUCUAGGCAAAGGAAUGACCCCCUGAUAUUUUUUUGUUUCCGCCUGUUGUGUACUGUCAUUGUGUACGUCUUAGGUCACCCGAAACGCGCCACGAGUCCUUUUUUUUCCCCCCUGCCUAUUGUUUUGUUGCAAGUUAAAUUCAAGGAGAAAGGGGAGACAGAAGGCAAAAAAAUAACAAAAACACUCAUACACGUCUCCAACUGUGCCCGCACGUUGGGGCAUGUUGAAAUAUAGCACCUCGACUAGGGGCACAGGAGAGAAGUAUAGGAAAGGUGGGGAGGGGGGGGGGGGAGAAAACUGAGCGUAAUUAAGCUAGGCCCGGUAUCCAUGGUGAUGGAUUGGGACUAUUCGCUCUUCAGUGUCUCACCCCCCCCCCCUCCUUUCUCCUUCCCC